AUGGCUCUUGUGGACUACUCGUCAUCUGACUCAGCUUCAGAGGCCGGGUCACCUCCGGCCAAGCGGCGCAAAGAGGAGACCCACGGCUCCGUGCCAGCCGGCGCCGGCAGUCGGAAAGAAACUCGACAUAACCCUGCCACCACGUCGACCACGAAGGAGACAAAUGGUGGCGCAUCGACGCUUCCACCCCUCCCGGCUGAGUUCCACGACCUGUACGCUUCUACGGUGCGGAAUGCUACUGCCGAUAACCCGGCCUUGCACCAGGGCCGAAAGAGGACCAUUCCCCAUAUUGCCGGCAACUGGCCUUCUCACGUAUACAUUGAAUGGCAUCCAACCGCGGACCAGCACUCCCUCCUCACUGCCCUGCUAGACGAAAUCGCGCCUCUGCUUGGCACGCAAGAGCUGCGCCCGCUUCUGACUUCGGACCUCAACGCUCCCCUGCCACUCCACAUCUCGCUCUCGCGGCCUCUGUCCCUGACCACGACGCAAAAGGACGCCUUCCUCUCCUCCUGGACGUCUGCCUUGUCCUCGGCUACCGGCGAGUUCAGUCUAUCGCCCCGAGGUCUCGGCUUCUUCAGAUCGCCAGAUUCGGAUCGAGCCUUCCUCGUACUCCGCGUAGCAUGCCCAACCGCCUCGUCGCAGAGUGACGCCAGCUCCGGCGGCAAUGCCACUACUACCGGCAGCAACCCGCAGCUCCGGACGCUGCUCAACAAGUGCAACGGCGUCGCUGUUCGUUUCGACCAUCCGCCCUUGUACCAAGCCCACGCGACUGAGCUGGUUGACGACGCGUUCCAUGUGAGUAUUGGAUGGACGUUUGGGCUGCCUGAGGAAGAUGCGUGUCUGCGGACCUACGGCUUGUUGAAGACGCCAGAGUUUCGUGGCAUACGCAAAUGGGAGAUUGAGGUUUCGGGUGUCAAGGCCAAGAUUGGCAACGUUGUCACUCACAUCCCUUUGAGUAACCCGUCCAAGAAGAGGAGAAACAGCAGCACCGAGGGCGGCUUGUACGAGUGA